AUGGCUGUGGAUGGGGAUGUGGAAGGAUCAACGAGCAGCCUCACGGCGGAGCCCCUUCUGCGGCCCAAGAGUACGGGAAAGAGGUCGGUCGGGAUGGCGUUGUUCAGUACCGCCGUCGCGGUCUGCGGCUCCUUCGAGUUCGGCGCCUGCGUGAGUAAAUCGAGAAGAUGGAAAGGGAGUUCUUUUCACUUACCGUGGGCUGAGAAGAGAUGUCCUUGGGUUUUGGCAGGUGGGUUAUUCGGCGCCGACGCAGGCGGCGAUCAGAGAGGAGCUCGGCCUGUCUCUCUCAGAGGUCAGUACCGCUUCCAUUGCACCACUUAUCGCUCACACGAUCAGACCUUCCCUGGGGAUUUUUCCAAACAUAAGGUUCAACCCUGUCAAAAAUCCGAUAAAUCCACCUGUGUUCGAUGGAGAGGAACUCUGCCAAGGUAGCACAAAUCCAGUUCUAUUAAGAAAAAUCUAGACUAAGAGAAGAGUGAAACGGUUUCCCUGGGCUAUCCUUGAUAUUGAAAUGUAAGAGUUCUCAGCUGGUUCAGAUAGUGACCGCAUCUCGACCACAGAUUCCAAGGUCGGAAAUUGGCCGUCCUUUCGGAUGGAAUCCGAAUGGGCUUCGACGAUGCACUCCACAGCCAGCAUCCUUCCUUCGCGCAGCCCGAGACCGAUAAGGCUAGAUUUGCGCUGAAACGGUAAGGAGAACCUAAACCCAGACCGUUUCCCUCAGAGAACCCCACCAGAAUAUACUUAUCCAUCUCUCUUCAUAGACCCGCUCUUUGCCUCGCCUAAGUAGUUCAUACUCCAUCUCUCUCUCUCUCUCUCUCUCUCCGUGCAUAUAUAUAUAUAUAACUAUUUUAGUCCCUCCUCCGUACAGUCCGUCAUGAUUUAUUAGUCGAAUCAUAUGGAGGAAUCAGUAAUUAUGGGCAAAAUAGUAAGCUUAUCCCUAAUGUCUUUCUUGAUGUAAGCAUUAUUGUUUUAAAUAGUUCGUUUUUUUGUAUUUUAUCCAUUUAACUCAGAGAAGUACUCUCAUACAGUGCUCUAAUUGUCUGGCCAAUGACAAUUGCUUUCAUUAUUUCUUUAGAAAAGUCAUUAGGUAGUAAAAUCUGCAAUUAAGAAUUAUAGCAUUGUCUGCAGAGUCCGAAUUGCAGCAUUGUCUAAAGCUUAUUCUUAUGUUUAUAGUUCUCCCUUUUCGGAUCUAUCCUAACCAUUGGAGCAAUGAUUGGUGCAAUCACAAGUGGUCGAAUUGCAGACUUUAUUGGAAGAAAAGGGGUAAGAGGAAGGCAAGGGUAAAAUGGACAUUGUAACAUUUGCUUUAUUAUAUUUACAUUCUAACCUCUAUCAUCUAUUAGCACAGGCAAUGAGACUGUCUGCUGUUAUUUGCUUUGUGGGGUGGCUAUCAAUAUACAUUGCAAAGGUUGCUCCGUCACUAUUUAACCUAAACACAUAUAAAACUAUUUUAAUGAACAGUCUUAUUUUUAAUACCUUUUUUAAUAUUGUGAAGGGAUCCUGGCUAUUGGAUUUUGGGAGAAUAUCCACUGGAUAUGGCAUUGGCAUUCUCUCUUAUGUGGUAUGUCCAACUAUUUUGAUUAAAAUCAUGCAAUUGAAUUCUAUCAGUAGUAAGUAAAUGCUUAUUAUCAUCAUAGCAUAAAAAUAAUACACCACAUGGAUGUUGUAUUCAUAACUGAUUGACAGAAAAAGUAUUUAUUUAUGAAGAAAGCUUGGUGGAUUCUAUGCUAUCCAUUUCUAAAUAUUGAAUUCUCUCUCUUUCUUUUUCGUCAUCUCCAUAUAUAUGCACAUGCAUAUUAUCUCUAUCUAUCAAUCCAAUAACAACAAUUUAUUCUCAAACAGGUACCAGUCUUUAUAGCAGAGAUAGCACCAACAGAUCUUCGUGGUGGGCUAACAACCAUAAAUCAGGUAAGCAUAUUGAAAAUUAAAAAUAAAAUUAAGACCAUACAUUUACUUACAAUUGAAUUUUAAUCUUUUUCACAGCUAAUGAUCUGCACAGGUGUAUCAGUGAAUUAUAUAGUUGGAACAAUUGUCACAUGGCGCACAUUAGUGCUAAUCGGUAGACCUCUGAUUUCAUUUUUUAUCCUAUUAUUGUACUCAAAUAAUUUUUACGAUUCCUUAUUUUAUAAAAUCUGAAUAAAUCAUACACAAUUUUUUAUUUUAAAUUUAAAAAUUAAUCAUGAAACGGUUAUGAAAUCUUGAAUAAAAGCAUAUUUUUUUACAAUAAUCUAUGAAUUAAUUUUAGAAAUUUUACUCAACCAUUAUUUAUUUUCCUGAAAUUGAUGUUCAUUCUAUAAAAAGAUUUUAAAAACUUGAUCACAAGAAGAAAACUAACAAUAUCAUCUUGACCUUAUGGUCACGUAAUUUCUUAAGUGAUAAGAAAAUCUAAAUGGGAGUAAUGUUGUUUGUUGUCUAGGAGUCAUUCCAUGCAUAUUUCUUCUUCUGGGCCUAUGCGUGGUUCCAGAAUCUCCUAGGUGGUUGGUGAGCCUUCUUCCUAGUCAUCUUACCUCUUACCGAUUAGUUCAAGGAUAAAUAGUACAAAAUCCUUCUUAGGCAAAGGUUGGGCAUUGGAAAGAGUUUGAAGCUGCUCUACAAAAACUUCGAGGGGAGGAUGUAGAUGUAUCCAAGGAGGCUCUAGAAAUCAAGGUAUUGAUGAAAUCUCCAACAUAUGACUUAAUUUAUUGAUAUCUAACAAUGUCAAUGUUUCUCUUAAGGAAUACAUCGCAGCACUCGAAUUGCUUCCCAAGACUCGAUUCUUCGAGUUGUUUCAAAGGAGAUAUUUGAAUCCAAUGAUUGUAAGCAGCUUCUAAAUAUCAUUCUUUUAGUACAACAUGUACUAGGUCCAAUAUUGAGCUUGUAGAUGAGGCUACUCCUCAUCUUGGCUUAUUAGAUAUCAUGCCAAUAGUCUUUGCCCAUAUAUUAGAGCCUAUUAAAAUCAAGUCAUUAAAUUUAAAAUUAAAGUGACAACAUAAACAGAGUCUUACUUUACUCAUUGUGGAUUGGUUUUCAAUUAGACAUUUAAUUCACUUGAUCUGGGAACUUUACAUCUGAUUUUCCAAAACUUUGAAAAUUUUUCAUGUCAUUAGAUUAUCAAAGUGAUAAACAUAAUUUGUGUACAUGCGAUGUUGUGAAAUGAUAAUUUCAUGAUAGAAUUGGAAAAUACACCUUAGAAAAUAUUUUAGCUUCAUUCUUAGUUUACUAAUAUGAUUCUUCAACUUGGAAUGGUUUUCUUAUUAAUAAGUUUCUCACAAAGGCUAAUAUAAUUGACAUAUGUAGGGUUUUUUACAUAUUAAAACUCAGCAUAUUGUGCCUUGCAAUUAAAGAUAACAGUUGUAGACCAAUAUAGAUUGGAAUGACUCAACUAUCAAGUAACUAUUGAAUACAAAUUCUGAGGUUUUUAGGUUGGAGUUGGUCUGAUGAUAUUUCAACAACUUGGUGGAAUUAAUGGCAUCAUUUUCUACGCUAGCCAAACCUUUGUGGAAGCAGGUUUGUGAAUGUAUCAAAUUUGUUCAUCCUUGGAAGCAAAUUUAGAAAAUAUCUCCAAAGUUACUAUCUAAUUGUUGGCCCAAAUUGAUUUCUAUCUUCAGGUUUCCACUCUGGCAGUUCGGGAACUAUCAUAAUUGCCUCCAUUCAAGUGAGUUUACAAUCUUUCCUCAUUGAAAAGUACUUGAAGGAAAGAAAUAUACGAUGUUUUUAUCUGAGUAAUAAAAUGUCACAGAUCCCAAUCACAGCAGUGGGUGCCUUUCUCAUGGAUAAAAGUGGAAGACGGUCUCUAUUGAUGGUAUGCAUAAACUAUUGACUAUUUUAUGAACCACCAAGUAGAAGAUAUAAAAUUUAACCUCAUUGGCUUCACUAAUUUAAUUUUGUUGUCUUAGGUUUCUGCCACCGGAACAUUUGUUGGCAUGUUGUUAACGGCGAUCUCAUUUUAUGUGAAGGUGUACUUUUAGAAAAUGAAGACAUCAUAUUCUCCAUCAAAAAAAACUUACCACAAUUUACAUAGUUUAUUUGUUUAUUCUUGUAGGAGCAUGGUUGGUAUAUUGAUUGGUCACCAUACUUGUCUCUCAUUGGUAUUAUGGUAAGAGCAUAUUUCAUAUCAAAAUACAUGUCAUAUAUGAUUGGUAGUUUGCUUUCAUGGGUAAAGCAUGUAUUCCUUCUUUAUUGGAGUCAUUAGAAAGGCCACAAUUAUGGAUAAUGGUGAGUGUGAAUAGAAGAAAAGAGCAUGUAGGUGCCUAUAGUCCAUUUCCUUGGAUAAUAAAAUUCUUCUGCUCAAUGUCAUUAUUUUUCACUUCAUUUGAAAUUAGGUGUACAUAGGCUCCUUUUCAAUUGGAAUGGGAGCAGUCCCCUGGGUCAUCAUGUCUGAGGUAAGGCAAUUGAUACCAUACUUAUAAAUGUGUAAAGUUUCAUAGCUCCAAUGGUCUCUUGGGUCGUCAUUCUCUAAUGCUUAUUAUGAUCAAAAUGCUUGUAGAUAUUUCCAAUCAAUGUAAAGGGUAUUGGUGGAAGCCUUGUUACAUUAGUCAAUUGGUUGGGCACAUGGUUGAUUUCAUACUCCUUCAAUUUUCUCAUGGCUUUGAAUGCUUCAGGUAAUUUACAUCAACCUAGUUUAUAGAUAAGAUUUCUAAUAAUAUUUUUUCUUGAAGAUUGCUAGAGGUGUCAGUGGACAUAGCAAGCCUAAAAUCUCAACAUAGCCUACAUCUUAUCUGAAAUAGUCUAAUUCGGAAGUAUUCUUCUUCUAUGUGACCAUCCCUCCACAAGACAUAAUCAUGCCCCCGAGCAUUCAUUGGGAGUAACUCCAUAAGUCAUUUCCCUUUUUUCCUUACUAGUGCCCCCUCUUCCACAAACAAACAUCUGGCUUCAAUGGUAUUAUCUCAAUGAACCACUUUCCUAGGCCAGUUCUUCAUGACUAUGUCUCUUAGUCCCCUUCUCCCUUGUUUCUCCCUCUUUGUUUCAUAAGGGUCCAAUCAUUUAUCUAUUCUUCAAGAUUUUUAUUUGAGGCCUGGUUUUUUAAAAGUUGCCCAAUCCAAGAAUAAGCUUCAUGAUAAAAUUUCCAAUGUGUUUUUUAUAAUUAUCACAAUGAGAUUCUAAUAUGGUUCCCUAAUGCUCAUUACUAAAUACUAUCAAGACAAUAGUGAAAUAAAAUAUGCAUAAUGUCAUUUAAAAAAGAGCAUAGUAUAUUAUGUUAAUAUGCCUAUAUGAUGUUUGGUUUCAGGAACCUUAUUCUUAUUUUCAGCAUGCUGUGGACUUACUAUUUUGUUCAUUGCAAUUUUUGUACCGGAAACAAAGGGCCGAACAUUAGAGCAAAUUCAAUCUUCAAUGAGCUCUUGA